CUCAUGUAUGUAAGGUCGGUUAACGACUUGAUGUAUGAAGGCUUCUUACCCUAAUCCCUGGCAGCGUUAUUCCCCUCUACUGCAACUUGGAGAGAAAACCCUAGGCGCUCCGGUGACGAGGCCGGGCCGCUCGUUCCUCAUCUCAUCUACCAUUCCUCCCCUCCAGCGAGCGAUCCGAGGUGGGAGGGGAUGUCUUCGACCCUUCUCGAGGUGACUCGGGCCGCCCACGAGGACGUGGAGCGGCUCGAGCGUCUUGUCGUGAAGGAACUCCAGAGGGAACCGGCCAACAAUCGGGAGCGGCUCUUCCAGAACCACCGCGUCCGGCACAUGAUUGAUCUCAUCAGGACCACCACCGACAAGCUUGUCGAGAUAUAUGAGGACAAAGACAAUGCGAGGAGAGAUGAGAUUGGGGCGCUGGGAGUGGGUGGCCAGAACAAUCCUUUUCCUGCUUUCUAUGACCGUUUGAAGGAGAUCCGUGACUACCAUAGGCGACAUCCAGCUGCACGCGUGGUUGAUGCGAAUGAAGAAUUUGAAGAGUUACUGAAGGAAGAACCACAAAUUGAAUUCAGCGGAGAGGAAGCUUUUGGUCGGUACCUGGACAUGCAUGAAUUAUACAACAAGUACAUCAACUCAAAAUUUGGAGAGCCUAUGGAAUACUCUGCUUUCUUGGAGACAUUUUUUCAGACCCACAAAAUUCCUCGCAAUCUGAAGUUGACCAGGCAAUAUAGAGAAUAUUUGGAGAAUGUUCUGGAAUAUCUGAUUUCAUUUAUGGAGCGUACACAGCCCCUGCAAGACUUUGGGAGAAUAUUUACAAAGGUGGAGGUGGAGUUUGAAGAGCAGUGGGCUGAUGGUAAGGUACUUGGAUGGGAAAACAAGGGGAUGGAAAAUGGGCAUGUUUCAUCACAAGAAUCUGUGAUUGAUCUUGAUUAUUACAGUACUGUGGAAGAACUUAUGGAAGUGGGCCCCGAAAAAUUGAAAGAGGCCUUAGCUGCUCGUGGAUUGAAAACUGGUGGUACUCUUCAGCAGCGUGCAGAGCGCCUUUUUUUGACAAAAUACACACCCUUGGAGCAAUUAGACAGAAAACAUUUUGCAAAAGGUUCACGUGGUUCAGAGCAAAAUGGAGUUGCAGAAGAGACCAACUCUAAGAAGGAAAUUGCUUUAGUAGAGGCAAAGAUGCAACGGUUAUGCGAAUUGCUAAAAGAGACAAUCAUACAGACAAAGGAAAAUGUCAUAAAGAAACAAGCUUUGACUUAUGAGGAAAUGGAGGCUGAACGUGAAGAGGAAGAAAUACAAGCUGAUACUGAGAGUGAUGAUGAAGAGCAGCAAAUUUACAAUCCUCUAAAGUUGCCUAUGGGUUGGGAUGGCAAGCCUAUACCCUACUGGCUUUACAAGCUUCAUGGUCUUGGCCAGGAAUUCAAGUGUGAAAUAUGUGGGAAUUAUAGUUAUUGGGGACGGAGGGCGUUUGAGCGUCAUUUCAAGGAAUGGCGGCACCAGCAUGGAAUGCGUUGCCUAAAUAUACCUAACACUAAGAACUUCAACGAAAUUACAUCCAUUCAGGAAGCAAAGGAUCUGUGGGAGAAAAUCCAAGAACGACAAGGAUUGAUCAAGUGGCGUCCAGACCUUGAAGAAGAGUACGAAGACAGGGAAGGUAACAUCUAUAAUAAGAAAACAUACACUGACCUGCAACGCCAAGGCCUCAUCUAACAGAGUGCUGUUGAAAGCUUGCGCAAGAUGGAGGGUUCUGCUGUAGUUAUGUCAGGCAUUGCUUGUUAUUCCCUGUUUGUGCUUUGGGAAACAGGGCAACUGGGGAUAUUCCCAUUUUUAGCUGCGUGGGUUUUGUAUGAAAUUAGGGAAUCUAUGUACUUUUAAAUCUUCUAAUGUCUUGAGUGGCUUUCAGACUGCAAUUUUAAAGCAACCUUUGACUGUGUGCCAAAGAUUUUAAUUUUAACUGAGAGUUAAAACGCACUAUAAU